UCUCUUCCCCGGUAGCUCUCGCGGCACGGAGGAUAAAACGCAACGAAUAAACACCCCGAAACACUGCGCGCGCGAUGAAGCUCGAGACAAACGGAGAACUAGAGAACGCCUGCGAGUCUCGCGCUCAACGCCGCGCGCGCUGCACGCUUACAGAGCGUCAGAGCCUCGACCGGGACUAACCGCUGAACGCACGGACGGAAGCGCGAGACACGGACGGGGGAGCACGAGCAAACCGAGUGUGGUGUGAAGUGUGGGAGUGUUUUGAUUGUUGGUGAUUGUGUGUGUGUGUGUGUGUGUGUGUGUAUAUGAGUGUGUGUAAUGAUGGAUGACAGUGUAUAUCAGUCUCUCUCUCGCCCGAGACCUGGGAUGGAGCUCAGCUACUCCAGCUCGUCUGAGGAAGACGAGGGAACCGACCUUCGUCACAAACACUACCGCGACACGCACUCCCACACGCACUCCGACUACGAGCCGGACCGCCGGUUCACCUACAACAGCCACAAGGUCCGCCGGAAACCCAACGACCCCAGCCAGAAAGAAUCAGCUCAGAUGGCUUUUCCGGACUUCCAGACUGAGCUCCAUUCAGCCAAUCAAGAGCUGGCGUACCCUGGAGGCGGCGCUUCAGUGGGGAUGGCCUCUGACCCAGAGUCUGAGGGUGGAGCUUCUCCCGACCACGCCCUUCGGCUGUGGAUGCAGGAAGUGAAGUCAGAGCGCACUUCCUGUGUUUCGAGCCGAGCGAAUUCCGUCCUGUCGCUGACCGACACGGAGCAGGAAGGACGAGGCGAGCAGGACAACGACAACGAUCUUCCCUCCAGUCCUGUUGCUCGUUUCUCCUUCAGGCCAUUGCCCCCUCCUCCCCCUCCACCCCACGCCUGUACCUGUGUGCGUCCAGCACCAUCCGCCGCCCCGGAGCUGAUCCAGAGAAACACGCUGCCGGCCCGCGGACACCAGAGUGACCUGACGAAAACAGCGCAGGACGACGGCGGGCAGUCAGAAAACACCUGGGGUCUAAACAGCAACAUACCACUGGAGACCAGGCACUUCCUGUUCAAGCACGGCUCUGGCUCCUCGACGCUCUUCAACGCGACCAAUCAGAACUACCCGCUGACCUCCAGCACGGUUUACUCUCCACCCCCCAGGCCGCUACCCAGGACCCCCCUGUCCAGGCCGCUCUUCUCCUUCAGUAAACCGUACCGCUGCUGUAACUGGAAGUGUACGGCUCUGAGCGCCAGCGCCGUCACCGUCACGCUUGCCCUGCUGCUCACUUACGUCAUCGUAGUCAAUCUGCUUGGGUUGCCGUGGAGUUUGCGCAGGUUGGAUACGGAGCUGUUUGAGAACGGGAAAGCUGGACAAUCUCAGGAGGAGGGAAAUGACCUCGUCUCUACAGCGCAGCACCCGACGCCCAACACCACUCACACAGAUAAGGACCCGUCGCAGCGUGGGCGGGGCAUCGACAGAGGUGAAGUGGACAUCGGCACUCAGCUGGUCCAGGUGAUUCCUCCGGGUCAGUUCUGGAGAUUCAGUGUGGUGGUCCAACAUCCGGAGUACAUCCGCUUCAACAUCUCACACACACACAACGCUCUGCUGGGAAUCUACGGCAGGAGGAACCUGCCCCCCACACACACACAGUUUGACUUUGUGAAACUGCUGGAUGGGAAGCUGAAGCAGGAAUUUUGGAAUCCUGACAUUCCCAAGGUUUCUGCAUCAAAUGGUUUACUGAGUGCGCUCCAAGAAACAGUGUUUAUGGAAUAUCUGGACCUGGGAACCUGGCACCUGGCCUUCUACAACGACGGGCGCAAAAUGGAGCAGGUGCUGGUGCACAGCACCGCCAUCGAAAUGAUGGACGGUUGCUCCACUAACUGUAACGGGAACGGCGAGUGUGUUGCUGGUCACUGCCAUUGUUUCACCGGCUUCCUUGGACCAGACUGUUCCAAAGACUCGUGCCCCGUGCUGUGCAGUGGUAACGGCGAGUAUGAGAAGGGGGUGUGUGUGUGCCGUGUCGGCUGGAAGGGGGCAGAGUGUGAGGUGGAGGACGGACAGUGUAUCGACCCCACCUGCUCCAACAACGGAGAGUGUGUCGACGGAUCCUGUGUGUGCACACCUGCCUUCAAAGGAGUCAACUGUGAGGAAGUGGACUGUGUUGACCCGACAUGUUCGGGGCGGGGUGUGUGUGUGCGGGGUGAGUGUGUGUGUUCUGCAGGGUGGGGGGGUGAAGUGUGUGAGACCCCUCUGCCGGCGUGUAAAGAGCAGUGUUCCAGACACGGCACGUACCACCCUCAGACCGGAGCGUGUGUGUGUGAGCAAGGCUGGACGGGAAAAGACUGCUCUACAGAGGUGUGUCCGCUGCCCUGUAGCGCCCACAGCGUGUGCGUUGGUGGGCAGUGCCAGUGUGAGGAUGGUUGGGAGGGGCCUGUCUGUGACAAACAGGCCUGCCAUCCAGUGUGUGAAGAGCAUGGAGAGUGUAAGGACGGGCAGUGUGUGUGUCACCCCGGCUGGGAAGGAGAACACUGCACGAUCGCCCAUUACCUGGAUCUACUUGAUAAAGAUGCAUGCCCGGGUCUCUGUAAUGGUAACGGUCGCUGUACUCUGGAACAGAGCGGGUGGCACUGCGUCUGUCAGUCCGGCUGGAGCGGCCCGGGCUGUAACAUCGUCAUGGAAACACAGUGCAAUGACAGCGGAGAUAACGACGGAGAUGGUUUGGUGGACUGUGUUGACCCGGACUGCUGCAGCCAGCCAGUGUGUGUAAACUCUCCGCUCUGCCAGGGGUCCCCUGACCCCCGUGACAUCAUCCAACAGAUCCACGCCCCCUUCGCGCCACGCCCCUCGCAGCAGUUCUUUGAACGAGUGCGGUUCCUCAUCGGGAGGGACAGCACACACACCCUGCCGGGGGAUCUGCCGUACGACAGCAGAUCCGCGGUUCAGGAGGAGAUCGAGAUUGCUGGGAGUUUUCUGAAGCUCAGUUAUCUCUCCACUCGUUCUCCCGGUUAUCGCUGUCUCCUGCGAGUCAUUCUCACUUACGCUGUCCUGCCUGUGGGUUUGGCCAAAGUCCAUCUGUCGGUCAGUGUGGAGGGGACGCUGGUCACUAAGUGGUUUCCUGCCUCUCCAAAUCUCGUCUACGUUUUCUCCUGGAAUAAAACAGACGUUUACGGACGACAGGUCACUGGACUGGUGCAGGCGCAGGUCUCUGUGGGGUUUGAGUACGAGUCCUGUCCAGAUUUCAUCAUCUGGCAGAAGCGGACGGUCCAGCUGCAGGGAUUCGAAAUGAUCUCCUCUCACCUGGGCGGGUGGGCGCUGGACAAACACCACACACUUAACCUGGAGAGCGGAAUUCUCCACAAAGGAGACGGGGAGAACGUCUUCAUUUCCCAGCAGCCCCCACUCAUCUCCACGGUGAUGGGGACAGGGGCAGUGCGUCCGAUCGCAUGUCCGAGCUGUAACGGCCCAGCAGCUGAUCGGAAGCUCUUCGCUCCCGUAGCGCUGGCAUGUGGGUCGGACGGAAGUGUGUACGUUGGAGAUUUCAACUUUAUCCGGAGAAUUCUGCCCAACGGGUUCACCAUCAGCGUCCUGGAGCUCAGAAACAGAGAUAUCAGACACAGCACCAGUCCUGCGCAUAAGUACUACCUGGCUCUGGACCCAGUCAGUGAGGCCGUGUACGUGUCGGACAGCAGCAGUCGGAGGAUUCUGAGGCUGAAGGCUGUGACUGAGCCGCGAGAUCUGAGCCGAAACGCCGAGGUUUUGGCCGGAAAUGGAGAGCAGUGCACUCCAUUCCACCCCAACCAGUGUGGGGACGGCGGCAAAGCCACCGACGCCUCGCUCAUCAACCCCAGAGGUAUCACUGUGGAUAAAUACGGCUCGGUUUACUUUGUGGACGGAACCACGAUCCGCAAGAUUGAGAAGGGCAUCAUCACCACAGUUAUGGGAUCGAACGGACUCACCUCCACCCAGCCGAUCAGCUGCGACACACACAUGGACAUCAGCCAGGUACGUCUCGAAUGGCCCACUGACCUGGCUGUAAGUCCACUGGAUAACUCCCUGUAUGUGCUGGACAAUAACCUGGUGCUGCAGGUCAGCGAGGCUGGCCUGGUCCGUGUUGUUGCUGGGAGACCAAUUCACUGCCCACUUCCUGUCACUGAGCCGCCAGCCGGCUCGGCGUCCACACAGUCAGCGCUGGAGGGAGCCAAGGCCAUCUCCGUCAGCCACCAGGGGACGCUGUACAUUGCUCAGACUGACGACAGAAAGCUCAGUCGCAUCCUGGAGGUCAACACCAAUGGGGAAAUGUCGGUCAUCGCUGGGGCGGUCAGCGAGUGUGACUGUAAAAUUGAUCCAGACUGUGACUGUUUCUCUGGUGAUGGAGGUUACGCUCGGGACGCUAAGCUGAAAUCCCCCUCCGCUCUGGCCAUGUCUCCGAACGGGACGCUCUACAUCGCUGAUUUGGGUAACGUCCGUGUGCGCUCCCUGGUUGCCAGACGACCGCAGCUGACCUCUGACCUCCUGUAUGAGGUCAUGUCUGUGGCGCAGCAGGAAGUCUACUUGUUCGCCCCGAAUGGCACUCACCUGUUCACGCGCUGCCUCGUCACCGGGGACUACCUGUACAACUUCAGCUACGUGGGGGCGGGGCUGGUCGCCGCGGUGACGGCCAGCGAGGGGGGCGUGGUCCAGGUGAGGCGGGACUCUAACGGAUCGCCGCUGUGGCUGGUCACGCCUGGCGGGCAGGUGUACUGGCUGACCCUGAGCACCGCGGGGACGCUGAGGAGAGUCUCCGCCCUCGCGCACGACCUCGCCCAGAUCAGUUACUACGGCAACACCGGCCUGCUGGCGACCAUGAGCAACGAAAACGCCUGGACCACCGUCUACGAGUAUAACUCUGACGGUCACCUGAUCAAUGUGACCUUGCCGACAGGAGAGGUCAGCAGUUUCCAUGGCGACAUGGGCAAGUCUGUCCGGGUGGAGGCGUCGACUUCAAACCGUGAAAACUUCAUUACCAUCACCAACCACUCAGAGGAGAACACUGUAUACACACUCAGACAAGCUCACUCUGUCAGUGUGUAUCGUGUCAGCAGUGAUGGGUCUCUCUGGGUGACGUAUGCCAGUGGGAUGGAUGUUACUUUGAGCACUGAGCCUCAUCUGUUGCCGGGGACAUUGCCAGGGGUCUCACCCGGCGCAGUCCAUCCCACCAUGGGCAGAUGCAACAUAACGUUGCCAGGGGAACAGAGCCACAGCAUCAUCGAGUGGAAACAGAGGCGAGAACAAGCCAGAAACUACAGCACAUACGAGCGCAGACUGAGGGCCCACAACAGGAAUGUUCUCUCCAUAGACUAUAACCAGGCAUCCCGUGUGGGGAAGAUUUAUGACGACCACCGCAAGUUUACCCUGCGCCUGCAAUAUGAUGACCGUGGCCGACCGGUGCUUUGGGCACCGAGUAAGUUUAGUGAUGUUCGGGUCUCUUACACCAGCGAUGGCCUGCUGGCCUCCAUCCAAAGAGGAAACUGGAGUGAACGCAGAGAUUACGACAACGGCAGGCUAAUCACCCGAACAUGGGCUAAUGGCAAAACUUGGACCUACAGCUUUCAGGAGAAGUCAAUCCAGCUGUUGCUGCACAGUCAGAGGCGCUACACAUUUGAGUAUGACCAGACAGAUUACCUCAUGUCCAUCACGUUGCCUAGCAUGGUCAAACAUGGCCUGCAGACCGCGCUGUCCAUCGGUUACUACCGUAACACCUACACGCCACCCGAUUCCCCAGGCCACGCACUUGUGCAGGAUUACUCCCCCGAUGGACGUCUGCUGCAAACGCUGUACUUGGGCUCUGGAAGACGGGUGAUCUACAAGUACAGCAGGACGUCCAGGCUCAGUGAGAUCCUCUUCGAUUCCACACUGGUCAGCUUCACUUACGACGAGUCGUCUGGGGCUGUCAAGACCGUUCACCUCAUGCAAGAGGGGUUUGUGUGUACAAUACGCUAUAGGCAGACCGGUCCUUUGGUGGGCAGGCAGAUCUACCGUUUCAGCGAGGAGGGUUUAGUCAAUGCCCGCUUUGACUACAGCUACAACAACUUUCGGGUCACCAGCAUGCAAGCAAUGAUCAACGAGACGCCGCUCCCCAUCGACCUUUACCGUUAUGUGGACGUGUCGGGCCGGAUUGAACAGUUUGGCAAGUUCAGCGUCAUCAGCUAUGACCUCAAUCAGGUCAUCACCACACAUGCCAUGAAGCACAGCAAAAUCUUCAACCCUAACGGCCAGGUGGUGGAGGUGCAGUACGAGAUCCUCAAGUCCAUCGCCUUCUGGAUGACACUGCAGUAUGAUAGCCUGGGCCGUGUCGCAAACUGCGACAUCCGUAUCGGUGUUGACGGGAACAUCACGCGCCGCUCGUAUGAGUACGACGCGGAUGGUCAGCUCCAGUCGGUUGCCGUUGAUGAUCGGCCACAGUGGCGCUACAGCUAUGACCUCAAUGGCAACAUCAAUCUGCUAAGUCAUGGCAACAGUGCAAGGCUCACACCACUACGCUACGACUUGCGAGACCGAAUUACACGGCUCGGUGAGAUCCAGUACCGGACGGAUGAUGACGGAUUCCUGCGAGUUCGUGGCAACGUAGUCUUCGAUUACACUUCCAAUGGACUUCUGGCUGGAGCUUUGGACCGAGACACUGGGAAGCGGCUCUGGUAUCGCUAUGACGGCCUGGGAAGACGUGUUUCUAGUCGAGCUAGUGAUGGCACACUUCUGCAGUUUUUCUAUGCUGAUUUGACUGAACCCACCAGAGUCACCCACUUGUACAACCACACAGCUUCUGAAAUCACCUCCCUCUACUAUGACCUGCAGGGUCACCUGAUUGCCAUGGAGAUGAGCAGCGGUCAGGAGUUUUAUAUAGCCUGUGAUGCGGCAGGAACCCCACUUGCCAUCUUCAGCAGCCGUGGCCAGGUGGUCAAGGAGCUUCGCUACACACCCUAUGGAGAUGUCUAUAGAGAUUCGAAUCCAUCCUUCCAGCUUCCAUUCGGCUUCCAGGGUGGACUCUAUGACUCGCUGACUAGGCUGGUGCACCUAGGUCGGCGAGACUAUGAUGUGGUUGCUGGGAGGUGGACCACACCCAAUCAUGACCUGUGGGCAGAGGCAAGCAUGGACCCCAAGCCCUUCAACCUAUAUGCCUUUAAGAACAACUACCCUCUCGGGGGCCUGCAAGACGUCACCAAGUUUACCAGAGAUAUUAGCAGUUGGCUGCAGCUGUUUGGGUUCCAGCUUCAUAACGUGGUUCCGGGGUUCCCCAAGCUGCCAGUGGAGAACACAGAGCAAACUUAUGAGAUGAUGAAUGUUCAGAGCCGCACACAUAGCUGGGACCCCAGCAAGAUUGUUCUUGGCAUCCAGUGUGAGCUUCAGAAACUCCUGCAGAACUUUAUCUCUCUGGACCGUCUCCCUAUGACUCCGGCCAACGGCAGGCCAGGAGGCCGUCGUGGACGGAGCCCGCGGUUCUCCGCCCUUUCCUCCAUCUUUGGCAAAGGCGUGAAGUUUGCUAUCCGCGCGGAUGGUGCAGUCAGCGCUGAGAUCAUCGGGGUGGCCAGUGAAGACAGUCGGCGCAUUGCUGCGGUGAUGAACGGCGCCACCUACCUGCGGGGCUUGCGCUUCACCUUGGACGGCCGAGACACGCAUCAUUUUACCAAGGACAGCCCACUGGAGGCAGACCUUGGCGUGGUGUGGGGUGGAAGCGGAGCUGCUGGUGGAGGGGCGAGGGUCUUGGAGAAUGGCGUCAAUGUUUCUGUGUCCCAGAUGAGUGCUGUGGUUGCCGGGGAAACUAGGAGAUUCGCAGAUUUGGUCCUACAGCAGGGCGCGCUGUGCUUUAACAUCCGCUAUGGGGCAACGCCGGAUGAGGAACGAACACGAGUGCUGGAGGGGGCGCGUCUCAGGGCGGUUCAAGGGGCAUGGCUAUUGGAACAGAGGCGGGUUAAAGAUGGAGAGGGUGGGGCAAGGGUAUGGGCCAAUAAGGAAAGAGAGGAACUUCUGUCAGUGGGGCAUGUUUCCGGUUAUGAAGGAUUUUAUGUUUUGCCGGUUGAACAGCAUCCUGAGCUCGCCGACAGUCCAUUUAACAUACAGCUGAUUAGACAGACAGACGCUGGCCGAAGGUAACGGCGGCACCAACACAUACACACAUACACACACACACACACACACACACACACACACACACACACACACAAAGCACUA